GAAUGCCAAGAAGGAUUUUACCAUACCAGGUCAGGAAAAUGCUCUCCUUGCAACUGUAAUGGUAAUGCAAACAGAUGCCUCGAUGGAUCUGGAAUCUGUGUGGACUGCCAGAGAAACACAACAGGAGAGCACUGUGAGCAAUGUCCAGAUGGCUUCAUUGGUGACGUUGUCGGAGGAGUGCCCACGUUCUGCCAGCCCUGCCCCUGCCCCUUGCCAGCACUUGCCAACUUUGCAGUCUCCUGUUACAGAAAAAGUGGAAGUGUGCGCUGUGUCUGCAAGGAAAACUAUGCAGGACCCAACUGUGAAAGGUGUGCCCCUGGUUACUAUGGGAACCCUUUGCUAAUUGGAAGCACUUGUAAAAAAUGCGAUUGCAGCGGCAACUCAGACCCGAACCUGAUUUUUGAAGACUGUGAUGAAGUGACCGGCCAGUGUCGCAACUGCCUGCGCAACACCACUGGGUUCAAGUGCGAACGAUGCGCUCCGGGUUACUAUGGGGAUGCCAGAUUCGCUAAAAACUGUACAGAAUGUAACUGCGGAGGGAGAAUGUGUGACAGCCAGACCGGAGAAUGCCUCGCAGACAGUCCUGAAGGUUCUACUGGCACAGACUGCCCAACCAUCAGCUGCGAUAAAUGUAUUUGGGAUUUGACAGAUGAUAUCCGAUUAGCAGUUCUGGCUAUUGAUGAAAGCAAAUCAACUUUACUGAGCAUUUCGACAGGUGUUGCAGCUCAAAAGCGCUUGAAUGACCUGAACCUCACGGCCACACAUCUCCAGGCAGCAAUGUCCGAAAAAAAGAACCAUGCUGUGCUUUGGACCAUCCAGGUUGAUGACACUGCAGAUGAAAUGAAUGAUCUCCUGAGAGAGGCAGCAACACUUGAUGAACAGGGAAAUGAAGCAUCCAGCAAAGGCCUACUGGUACAGAAGGAAACCGUGAAGACCAACAACCGUGCUACUCAGCUUGUGCAGCAGCUCAGUAAUAUGAGGGAUAAUAUUCAAG